AUGAUUGACAAAAGAUUAAAUGAUCAUGGUAAAAAUUGGAGGCAUGUUUACAAAGCACUUGUUCUAUUAGAUUACUGUCUUCAUCUAGGGUCCCAAGAUGUUGUUUCAUAUGCAAAAGAAAAUUUAUAUGUGGUAAAAACUUUAAGAGAAUUCCAAUACAUUGAUGAUGAUCUGAAAGAUCAGGGCCAGAAUGUUCGACAAAGGGCCAAGGAGAUCACUGAACUUCUUCAGGAUGAUGAACGUUUACAGCAUGAAAGAAACCAACAUACUGAAUUGAGACAAAGAUGGACAGGCAAUGAUGAUCCCUUGACAGAUAGAAGUUAUAACAAUAGUGCAUCUACAUAUGAACAUCCUAGUUAUUUUGAUGAAGAGGCUGAUUUAAGAAAGGCAAUUGAAGAAGCCAAAAGGUCUGCACAAGAUUGA